UCUCUCAAAGAAGUUCACGAGAAUGAGAAACGUUUUUUUGUUUUGUCCGUAUCGAUCUCUUCCAUACCUUUCAUUGAAGCUCACGUCAAUCUCCUAAGUAUGAACAAAGAAAUGGGGGAAGGAUAACGAAGCCUUGAUGCUGCGCACAAUGCCGUUGCCGUUCAAAUCUCCAUCUCUUCAAAACCCCGAACCCGAGCCAGACGUCGAUCGAUUCAAUAGAUCUCUGAGAGAGCUCAAGGAUUUGAGGUCGCAACUCUACAAUGCUGCUGAUUACUGUGAAAAAGCUUUCCUGAAAACUGAUAAAAGGAAGAUACUCUUGGAGAAUACAAAGAGUUACGUGUGCGAGGUAGUUGUGACUGUCGUCGAUCAUCUUGGGACCGUUUCUUCGAACCUUGAGCAGAGAGUUUAUGGUAAUAACAGGAUCUCACAGGCUGAGCAAAGGAUUGAUUGCUUGAAACAGAGGCUUUUCACAUGUCAGCAAUAUGCCUUCAGACUAGAGCUCUCUUCUCUUCUGCUGAGCGCCAAGCACACUAGGCAUCAUCGGCACUAUAUAACAACACCAUCGGCUAAGAAUCUUGAGGAGGGGAGGGAUGCCUCAAGGGUUGAUGCCAUCGGUUCGAAUAUGCCUGAGACCAGCCUUUGUAAGAAAGAUCAGUCAAUAGAAGCUGCAUCUAUCAAGCCAGUAUUGAAUGAUAACAUCAUUUUUAAGCCCCCAGUGACCUACUCGAUUUCGGGGACCGAGCUUACUACUGUUCCCCCUGUAUUUGAGAGCCCUUUACGGCUAUUAAAGCCGUCUAAUCCUUCAUUUGGCUCCCCUGCAAAGGAUACUUUUAAGCUUGGAGGCAGUGAACUGAAGAAGAAGUCACCGCAAGGGAGCAACUUUUUGACAUUUCUCAAGAAGAGCAGAAGGAGGACGUAGAAGUUUAGCUUUCUGAUGCAUCAUUGAAACGUAAACUACAGGAACGUGGUGUCGUCGUUCUGUUAUCAAUGGUGCAUUGAAAAGUUUUUAACAUGUCGCGGUGUAAAAUUAUUCUGAAAAUUUCUGUUAUUGUUCGAGAUUAUUCAAAUGAUGUAGAAUCUUGCUAAUCACUAAGUUGUUCUCUUUUGAAGUUGGUACGGUGGUCAUGCCCGGGACCUUUUGAAUAUAAACCUUAUCAGGACACUUAACAAAUUUA